AUGAGCGAACUCGAUCAACUACGUCAGGAAGCUGAGCAACUUAAAAGCCAGAUAAGGGAAGCACGAAAAGCAGCCAAUGAUACGACAUUGGCCAGCGUCGCGUCCAAUCUGGAGCCGAUUGGGCGAAUUCAGAUGAGGACUCGGCGGACCCUUCGCGGACAUUUAGCUAAGAUUUAUGCUAUGCACUGGGCUUCUGAUAGCAGAAAUCUUGUGUCAGCCUCCCAGGAUGGGAAACUUAUUGUUUGGGAUUCAUAUACUACAAAUAAGGUCCAUGCGAUUCCUCUUCGUUCGUCCUGGGUUAUGACAUGUGCCUAUGCUCCUUCUGGUAGUUUUGUAGCAUGUGGAGGAUUGGACAACAUUUGCUCUAUUUAUUCACUCAAAACUAGGGAGGGAAAUGUACGAGUCUCGCGCGAACUGCCUGGCCAUACGGGAUAUCUGUCGUGCUGCCGGUUCCUGGAUGAUAACCAAAUUGUCACAUCUUCUGGAGAUAUGACUUGUGCACUUUGGGAUAUCGAAACUGGACAACAGUGCACAGCUUUCACUGGUCACACUGGAGAUGUUAUGUCGUUGAGUCUCGCCCCGGAUAUGCGCACCUUCAUUUCUGGUGCUUGCGACGCUAGUGCUAAGUUGUGGGAUAUAAGAGACGGUAUGUGCAAACAAACAUUCCCAGGUCACGAGUCGGACAUCAAUGCUGUUGCUUUCUUUCCUUCUGGUUAUGCCUUCGCCACUGGAUCUGAUGACGCCACUUGUCGUCUGUUUGAUAUUCGUGCCGAUCAAGAAUUGGCCAUGUAUUCUCAUGAUAACAUCAUUUGCGGUAUCACAAGCGUGGCAUUCUCGAAAUCUGGGCGACUUUUAUUCGCGGGCUACGACGAUUUUAAUUGUAAUGUCUGGGAUUCAAUGAGACAAGAAAGAGCAGGUGUAUUGGCUGGCCAUGAUAAUCGAGUAUCAUGUCUUGGAGUGACAGAAGACGGAAUGGCGGUUGCUCAGGAUGUCAUUGAUUCUGGACCAAGGCGACACACGCACGACUCGCCAUGGAGACUGUCUCAGACUGUGUACUUACAAUACAACGCGAGAACAGUGUCCACAGACGCUGACCUGCAUGCCCUUCUCGGAGUUGCAGAGCGUAUCAAAUUUCACGUGAUUGCUCUGCAGGAGACCAAAUGCAGAAGGAGCGACGUACGGCAGAUGAAUGACGGUACACUCGUCAUUCGUGGAGAGAAGAUCCUGUCACCUCGUCUGGCCAUUCUUCGCCUCCACUCUCUGCGCCAAAAAUCCAUCAGUAUUAUCAACUGCUGUUCACCAACAUCAGCAGUUGAUGAUUCCGAAUUGGACGCGUUUUACGAGGAGCUGGAGGAAGUAGUCCGCAACGAGAAGUCCUUUUACAAAUUCGUUGUCGGAAACUUCAACGCAAAACUAGGAAAGGCCACAGAAGAGGAAUACAGGAUUGGAAGAUUUGGACUAGCGGACCGGAAUGAAAAUGGCAUUCGUCUCGCCUGA